AUGAAAGGAGUCCUUCUACUUUCUGCCCUUCUUAUUAUUCUGGCUGUUUAUAGCAACGCUCAGAAUGAUUGCUGUGCCUGGCCGGUUUCACCUUAUGUUACUGUAGCGACUAAUAUAACCAUCCAGCAAUUCAAUUGCAGCCAACCCAUUUCGAUUUCUUGCCAAAAUUCAGGAUAUGGUAUAGGACUAUUCGAAAAAGUCGGAAUCGCUGGAAUAAAUGGCCAAGGUACUACCAAUUUUACAAUUUUGGCCGAAGAUGAAAGAGAGGUCACCAAAUCUUUCGCUUGUAGACAUCACCAAUGGAGCAUGGUAGGAGAAACAAACAAGUAUGACAGAUUCGCGUGCAUCUUCAAAAAACCAAAAGGAGAUUGGAUUGGAUUUUGA